UAGUGAGAAGAAGUGCAGAAAAUGAAAUGACUGCGUUCUUAUUCCUUACAAGUUACAACUGAAAGUGUACAUGAAAACGGUGUCGUAUAAGUGAUGGCUUCAUGGUUCUCUUCAUUGCGCAUUUUUCCCUCCCAGGCAAACACGCGCGUCCCUUCGACGACGUCGUUUAGGGCUCCCAAGCUGUGUUCUUGUGCUCUCGGCCCUCAAAAUGCUGAACCUUCUGAACCUGAACCUGAACCUGAAACGGCUCCCGUUGAUCCUGUGAAGCUCGCGUUUAGCAGGGCCAAAGCGUAUAAGGAAUCAUCCAACAAGUCGAAGAAGGAAGAUUCUGUUGUUGAGAAGAAGGAAUUGCCAGAUUCUGUCAAGAUUGCAAUGGAGAAGGCCAAAAACUACAAGCAGAAUAAAUCCCAAAUUGGAACUACCCAAGGGUUGCAGGGAGGGAGUGAGAAGGUUUCAGGGAACAAUGUUGUGGUAGACAAUGGUGGUGGUAAGAAGGGGGAACUUUCAGUUUCAAGGAUUGAUUUUGUGGGGCUUGACUUUGCGGAUAAGAAGAGCACUAGGGGAUUGCCAGCUGGACUGGUUCCUAUUUCAGAUUCCUUCUCCGACAGUGACUUUUCUGAGGUGGAGCUCAUUGUUGGAGACACAAGCAAGUUUGAUGCUGAAACAGAUUCAAAACGUGAUCAGGCUAAUCAAGACGGCUCGGAACUUUACAAGCCAAAAGUUUCAACAUGGGGUGUCUUUCCUAGGCCUAACGAUAUUUCAAAAACAUUUGGUGGUGGAAGAACUAUUCGUCCGGGAGAGGUCCUUGAGACUGAAGAAGAAAGAGCUGCUAAAGAUGCACGCACUAAGCAGCUACUUGCUGCCUACAAGAAGAAAACUGGAUUAGUUAUUGAUCCAAAGCUAAAAUCCGAGUGCGAGGAGGCAUUGAAGGAGGGUGACUUGUUGAUGAAUUCGGGAAAACUGAAGGAAGCAUUGCCCUACUAUGACAAGGUCAUGGAUAACUUACCGUUCCAGAGUGAGCUCCAUGGUUUAGCUGCUUUGCAGUGGUCAAUUUGUCAAGACUCUCUUAGUAGGUCUGAUGAGGCUAGACUUAUGUAUGAGAAGCUUCAAUCGCAUCCAAAUGCUAAAGUAAACAAGAGAGCGCGACAAUUCAUGUACAGUUUUCAGGCAAUGGAAAUGAUGAAGGUAAAUACAGGAUCUCCAUUUUAUUUAAAGAACACAGGCUACCAGAAUUAUUUUGAUGCUUUUGUAGAAGAUAAACAAAGAUACACACAAGAUGGCGUGGCUCGAAAAUGCAAUGACUCAGGCCUUUCUAUAUAUUAUUUUCCUUGUUUCUCCCAUUUUUGUUGUACUACUUAUUGCUUUGCAAAAGAGAAUAUAAAUAUCUCCUUUUGCUGGGGGUAAUAUUAUGUCCAAA